AUGAGAUACCCUUACCAAUACACUGCCCUCUCGAAAAAGGCCGAGCUGCUCGAGGCAUUUAAGGGCAAAAAGCUCUCGGAAUUGCCAACUCCAUCUUUCAUCGUGGAUAGGGGAAAGUUUAAAGAAAACUGUGAAAAGAUGCUGGCCAAUGUCGAUCGCUUAAAUGUUGACUUUCGUGCUCAUGUCAAGACCCACAAAACGGUUGAAGGAACUCUACUUCAGCUAGGCUCUGAAAAUAUUAAGACUAAAAAAAUCGUCGUUUCUACGCUCAUGGAGGCGUGGGGCUUGCUGCCACUUAUUGAGAAAGGUUUGAUUAUUGAUGUUUUAUUUAGUUUACCAGUUGUCAAAAGUAGGCUUCCAGAGUUAGCGGACCUAGGCGCCCGAAUUCCCAACUUACGACUGAUGGUUGACAACGGAGAACAAUUUGAAGUCCUUGCUGAAUUUAGUAAGAAACACAAAAUUCAGAAGAAAUGGUCGUUGUUCAUCAAGGUUAAUAUGGGCUCUGACCGGGCUGGAUUUGAUGAAAGUUCCACUCUUGACGAAGCAUUAUUCGACCUGCUCCAGUCUCCCGCCAAGGAUUACCUUUCUUUAUACGGAUUUUACUGCCAUGCUGGUCACUCUUAUGCUUCUUCAACAGAGGAGCAGGCAAGACAUUUCUUGUUAAAUGAAAUUGACAGCGGCAACAAUGCUUGCAAGAAAGCGCUGAAUAUUGAUCCUUCCUUGAAAUUGCAAAUUUCAGUGGGAGCCACACCUACUGCACAUGCAUCUCAAAGUUUAGAUAUCUCAUCUAUUGGCGAGUUGUACGGAAAGCUUGAACUUCACGCCGGAAACUAUCCGUUUUGCGAUCUUCAGCAAGUGAGUACUCAUUGUGUUGGACUUGAUCAAGUGUCCUGCAGAGUCCUUGCGGAAGUCCUUUCCUCCUACCCUCAAAGAGGCUCCCGAGGACCAGGUGAACAACUGAUAAAUGCUGGAGUUAUUGCUUUAGCCCGGGAAUUUGGAUCUUUACCUGGUUACGGAAAAAUUGUUUCCCCAAAAGGAUAUGAGAACUGGAUAGUUGGCAGGCUUAGCCAAGAGCAUGGCAUUCUAACUUGUUUGCAAGACACAGAAACCAAGAUGAUACCACUCGGAACAAAAAUUGGAAUUGUUCCUCAGCAUAGCUGUAUUACGGCAGCAUCAUAUCCAUGGUACUUCGUUGUAGAACACGGAGAUAUUGUGGUAGAUAUCUGGGUUCCCUGGAGGGGCUGGUAG